GAUAGCACAACCAUAGACCCUUAGCCUUGAAUCAAAACGGGAAAAGUUUGUGUUCUUUAAAAAUGAAUAGAAUUUUUCUCUUUGCCGUUGUAUGCAUUGCUGUCGUCACUUCGGAGGAACUCAAAGGAGUACGCAGGACUAGGCAUAUAGUGAAGCGACAAGCAGGUGGAGGAUGUCUGUAUGAGGGGACAGUUCACCCAGAGGGCACAACAUGGGAUGUGCCCUGUAAAUACCACUGCACGUGUAAAGACGGAACAAGUGGAUACUACAGCUGUACAGAAGUUUGCCCACAUUAUGACACUCUCCCUGACGGAUGUUACAUGCAAAAAGAUCCAAACUCCCAAUGCUGUUCCGUACCCAAAUGUAACUUCCAGCCCUCUGGUGGCAGCAGUGGCGGCGCCGGCCAAGUAGUAUCAGGAACAUCCGCUCCUGUUAUAAACAUGGGCGGUGGUUCUCAGCAUUCGGGGUCUUUCAUGAGUGGGGGUACUUGCCAUGAUGCAAUGGACAACUGUGCUAACUAUGGACAGGGCGUGUGUAGUGACCCCACGUACACACAGUGGGUGAAACAAAAUUGCGCCAAAUACUGUAAUGUCUGCGGAGGUUCUUCUGGAUCAAUGAGCAGUGGCCAUGGAUCGACAGGCGGUGGUGGAUCAACGGGCGGUGGUGGCUCUAGUGGUGGAGAUGGUGGAUUCAGCCUUCACUUUGGUACAUCAGCUCCAUCUGGAGGCGGCUCUGUAAUUUCAGGUGGAGGAAGUAUGACAUCAGGUGGAGGAAGUAUGACAUCAGGUUCCUGCGCUGACAAGAUUAGCAACUGUGCUGCCUUUUCAACAUCCGUCUGUACCGAUCCACAGUACACACAGUGGGCCACCACAAACUGCCCUCGCUUCUGUAACAAGUGUGGGACUAUGACCGGAACAGGUGGAACUAUGACCGGAACAGGAGGGACUAUGACCGGAACAGGAGGGACUAUGACCGGAACAGGUGGGACUAUGACCGGAACAGGUGGAACUAUGACCGGAACAGGUGGAACUAUGACUGGAACAGGUUCUGGUGGAACAGGAAUUCCCGUUAUUGGGUCAGGGGGAAUCAUAACAGGAACAGGCGGAAGUGGAAUGACAGGUUCUAGCGGAACAGGAAUCCCCUUUCCUCUAUCAGGAGGAUCAGGCAUGCUAACUGGAACAGGAGGUACAGGAGGAUCAGGCAUGCUAACUGGAACAGGAGGUACAGGAGGAUCAGGCAUGCUAACUGGAACAGGAGGUACAGGAGGAUCAGGCAUGCUAACUGGAACAGGAGGUACAGGAGGAUCAGGCAUGCUAACUGGAACAGGAGGUACAGGAGUACCAGGCGUGAUAACUGGAACAGGAGGUACAGGAGGAACCAUUACAGGAACAGGAGGAUCAGGCGGGGUAAUUGGAACAGGAGGUACAGGAGGAACCAUGACAGGAACAGGUGCGUGCUCUGAUAAACUUUCCAAUUGUGCUAACUAUGGCAAGGGUGUCUGCUCCGACCCAACAUAUACCAGCUGGGUGACGCAGAACUGCCCAGCUUACUGUGGACAGUGUGGAGGCAGUGGAACAAUGACUGGCGGCACCGGAAGUGGGGGCACCGGAGUGUACUACCCAGGAGGUACAGGAAGUGGUGGUACCGGAACGAUGACUGGGGGCACCGGAAGUGGAGGCACCGGAGUGUACUACCCAGGAGGUACAGGAAGUGGUGGCACCGGGACGAUGACUGGGGGCACCGGGAGUGGUGGUACCGGAGUAUAUUAUCCAGGAGGUACCGGAACUGGGGGGACCGGAACGAUGACUGGAGGCACCGGAGGUAGUGGAGGAACACAUACAUCCACAGGUUGUGUAUACAAGAAUCAGGUUUAUCAACAGGGGCAGACAUGGAAGGAUGGAUGCACAUACCAAUGUACAUGUGUAGAUGCCACAAGCGGACAAUAUUCAUGCAAAGGACUGUGUGUACAAUGGAACCUCCCAUCUAGUUGUAGACUGAAUCCUCCAGCCGCUGGUAAAUGUUGCCAAACACCCAACUGUCCAGCCAACGUGAAAUUAAAUUAUCCUGCAGGCUACGUUGAAUUGUAAACUUGCAUUAACGUAGAACAAUAACAAAAAAGCCUCAAUAACAUUUUCGUUAUUGAAUUUCAUAUCACGAAAAAGAUAUGUGACUGAUAUGGGUUACAGAAUAUUUUUAUAAAUAAAAAGAUUAAACUUUA